GGGAUGCGGGGUGCGGGGUGCGGGGCAGUCCCGCCGCUCCGGGGCCAGCGCCCCGCUGGGGACUCUGCAGGCUCCUUCUCCCCUUCUCGGGCGCCCAGUUCGGCGCUCUCCCGUCUCCCAGCGCCGCGGCCUCGGACCCCUCCGUCGGUCUCCGCAGCCCCGGCACCCACCCCGCUGCGCCCUCGUCCCCCGCAGUACUGCUCUUCUGCACUUGCCUUCUGGAUAGUCAAAGGCUCCAUGAGGUUACCUUCAGGCUUCUGCUAACCGGCCUGCGUGAGUAAAACCAGCCCCUUGCUGUGACUCCAGAUUCCUUGAUUUAUCAGCUGAAAUACAUUCACCUGUGAGUUGCAUUUACAUUUCUACAGAAGUUUCUCAUGACAAAAAGAAGUAUUUGCACGUUUGAGUUCCCUUUCCGAGCUUUCUGCAAAGUUGCUGCAUGUGCCUGUGAGCUCAGAUCUGAGGAGCAUUAGCAGAUGCCAUGGGUGUGGCACUGGCAAGACUGGCGCAGUGGACAGCUGCCAGCUACGGGACUGGGACCCUGGAGAUCACCCCUCUGAAUGAAAUAUUAUUGAAAGAGAUCAUUAUAUUUGUGGAGCAUUUUAUUUAUGAUCACCCCCAAGAAGCAAAAUUUAGUUUUGUAGAACCACUUGAAUGGAAAACAGAUUUGGAGCCCUCAGCGUUUGAAUCAGGUUAUAUUGUAAGUGAAACAACAGUCACCUCAGAAGAAGUUGAUAAAAAUGGACAGCCUUUACUAUUUCUCUCUGUACCGCAAAUUAAAGUGAGGAGCUUUAGGCAGCUGUCACAGUUGGUAUUUAUUGCCAAAGAUACAAAGCUGAAGGAGGCUCAAGCAUGUGUUGAAGCUAACAGAGACCCUGUAGUAAAAAUCCUGGGCUCAGAUUAUAGUACAAUGACAGAAGACUCCAGUGCCUUCAAUAUUCUUCAUAAAAUUACCAGUAGUGAUGAUCCUGAAAGUGAGAUGAAGAUGAGGAUUGCCAUAUUGCUGAAGCAACUAGAUCUGCAUCUUCUUAGUUAUAUCCUAAGACAUAUUUCCCUACAAAUAUGUUUAAAUCCAGAGCCUGUUAAGAAAGAUAUAGAACUUCUCAAAAGUUUCUCAGGAAAAGGAGAACAAACAGUCUUGGAAUCUAUUGAUUACACCUCAGAUUAUGAGUUUUCAAAUGGAUGUCGAGCCCCACCUUGGAGACAGAUUUAUGGGGAAAUGUGUUAUGUCCUGGUGAAGCCACAUGAUGUUGAGACUUUGUGCAUUACGUGCAGUACAGAAGGUGUAUUUUUAAAUGGUGGUAAAACAGACGAUGAGGGGGAAAUUGAUUAUGAGAGAAAAGGUGAAGUGUAUAAAGAUCUUGUCACAUUUUUAAAAGAAAAAUCAGCAAAAUUUUCAGAAAAUAUGUCUAAACAGGAUAUUAGAUUCAAUGAAGAGCAACAAAAGAAUCAGAUUGAUGAGGUACCAACAUAUGCCAUCCGUAAAAGUGUAUCUGGUUCAGACAAGAAUAAACUGGAGAAGAACCAAAUUAACUUUAGAAAGAAUCAAAUGACCAGGAGAUUGGAGCCAAGCUUAAACUGGAGGACCACUGUUGACUUCAAAGACCGCAAAACCCCAGCAAAGGAUAGCCAAGAAGAAAAACAUGGGGGCAAGCUUGAAAAGACCAGAACAUCUAUCUCACCUGGAAGAGCACAGUUACUCCGGAAGAGUGUUGACAAGGUUGAGGAAAUGGCUAGUGAGAGUUCCUCAGAGAGCGAGGAAGAUGAAGAACCACCUGAUCACCGUCAGGAAGCCAAUGCAGAUUUGCCAUCAGAAUAUUGGCAAAUUCAGAAGCUGGUGAAAUAUUUAAAGGGAGGAAAUCAGACCGCGACAGUGAUUGCGCUGUGCUCCAUGAGGGACUUCAACCUAGCUCAAGAGACCUGUCAGCUUGCAAUCAGAGAUGUGGGAGGCCUUGAGGUUUUAAUAAACUUACUUGAUACAGACGAAGUCAAAUGUAAGAUUGGUUCAUUAAAAAUCUUGAAGGAAAUCAGUCAUAAUCCUCAAAUCCAACGGAAUAUUGUUGAUCUUGGGGGCUUACCAAUUAUGGUUAAUAUACUCGAUUCUCCCUACAAGAGUCUGAAGUGUUUGGCAGCUGAGACCAUUGCAAAUGUUGCCAAGUUUAAGCGAGCCCGCCGGGUGGUGAGACAGCACGGGGGCAUCACCAAGCUGGUUUCCCUGCUGGACUGUGCCCAGAAUUCAAUAGAACCUGCUCAGUCGAGUCUGUAUGAAACCAGAGAUGUGGAAGUGGCUCGCUGCGGGGCGCUGGCUCUGUGGAGCUGCAGUAAGAGUUAUUCCAACAAAGAAGCCAUUCGCAAAGCUGGGGGCUUCCCACUAUUGGCUCGGUUACUGAAGACGUCUCAUGAAGACAUGCUAAUUCCAGUGGUGGGGACGUUGCAAGAAUGUGCAUCAGAGGAAAACUACCGAGCUGCAAUCAAAGCAGAAAGGAUCAUUGAAAACCUAGUAAAGAACCUAAACAGCGAGAAUGAGCAGUUGCAGGAACACUGUGCCAUGGCCAUUUACCAGUGUGCUGAAGACGAGGAAACCCGGGACCUGGUCAGGCUACAUGGAGGACUCAAACCCCUGGCCAGUCUUCUCAAUAACACAGACAAUAAAGAGCGCUUAGCUGCUGUCACAGGGGCCAUAUGGAAAUGUUCCAUCAGCAAAGAGAAUGUGACCAAGUUUCGGGAAUACAAAGCCAUUGAAACUCUGGUGGGACUUUUAACUGAUCAGCCUGAAGAAGUGCUUGUGAAUGUGGUUGGGGCUUUGGGAGAAUGCUGCCAGGAUCGUGAAAACAGAGUCAUUGUGCGGAAGUGUGGUGGCAUUCAGCCUCUCGUGAACCUCCUCGUUGGAAUAAACCAAGCUCUUCUUGUGAAUGUCACCAAAGCCGUUGGUGCUUGUGCAGUGGAACCUGAAAGUAUGGUAAUAAUUGAUCGCUUAGAUGGAGUUCGCUUGUUGUGGUCAUUGCUGAAAAAUCCACACCCAGAUGUGAAGGCCAGUGCAGCAUGGGCCCUCUGUCCCUGCAUCCAAAAUGCAAAGGAUGCUGGAGAGAUGGUUCGUUCCUUUGUUGGUGGUUUAGAACUUGUUGUCAACUUAUUGAAGUCAGAUAACAAAGAAGUUUUAUCAAGUGUGUGUGCUGCUAUUACCAAUAUAGCAAAAGAUCAAGAAAACCUGGCUGUUAUUACAGAUCAUGGAGUUGUACCUUUAUUGUCCAAGCUGGCAAAUACAAAUAAUGAUAAACUGAGGCGUCAUCUGGCAGAGGCGAUUUCACGUUGCUGUAUGUGGGGCAGAAAUAGAGUGGCCUUUGGUGAGCACAAAGCAGUGGCUCCAUUAGUGCGUUACCUGAAAUCGAGUGACACCAAUGUGCAUCGAGCUACAGCACAAGCCUUGUACCAACUCUCAGAAGAUCCCGAUAACUGCAUCACCAUGCAUGAGAAUGCAGCAGUGAAGCUUCUCCUGGAUAUGGUUGGGUCCCCUGAUCAAGAGCUCCAGGAAGCUGCAGCUGGUUGUAUAUCCAAUAUCCGCAGGUUGGCUCUUGCUACAGAAAAGGCAAGAUACAACUGAAAUUUGAACAGAAAUAACAAGCUACUAAAUUUUACAUGACAAAGGAUACUCACUCCUAUGGCAGCCUAAACUGGGAAACAUUUAUUAGCACAUAUUUUAAAUAGUCUAAAUGAAAAUACGUGGAUUAAAAAUGCAAAUGAAACUUUCAUCUGGAAAUUACAUAGGUAUUUUUGCUCUAUGAUAUGCCAUGUAAUGCAAUAUAAAGCUAAUAAAUUUGUGAUAAUUUUC